AGUCAUGGCAGAAGGAGGCGGUGGUUCCCGGCCGCGCGCUGCGCGCGGCAGUGUUUAGUGAUUGUCCUCCGGCUCCUGGGAAGCGAGGGGCGCGGCUGCCUGGUGCCUGCGCGACGGUACCCCCCGGACCGAGGGGCAGCCUGGCCCAUGAGACCACCUCUUCUCCGCGCCCCAUAGAGGUUUCCUGAGGAGACCGGCGCGGGCCCGUUCCGACCCUUCCGGACCGCCCCCGGGGAACUGAACCUGAGCGCGGGGCCGGGCCGUGCGGUGGGACGGCGAGACCGCAGAGAGGAAGGUGCAAUGGCAAGAAAUUUAUCAGUAAUUUUAAUCCUGACCUUCGCCCUUUCAGUUGCAAAUUCCCUUCAUGAACUAGAAGCAGCAGCUGCUUUUCCUCAGACCACAGAGAAAAUUAAUCCAAAUUGGGAAUCUGGCAUUAAUGUUGACUUGGCAGUUACCACACAGCGACAUCAUCUACAACAGCUUUUCUACCGCUAUGGAGAAAAUAAUUCCUUGUCAGUUGAAGGGUUCAGAAAAUUGCUUCAAAAUAUAGGCAUAGAUAAGAUUAAAAGAAUCCAUAUUCACCAUGACCGAGAGCAUCACUCUGACCAUGAGCAUCACUCUGACCAUGAGCAUCACUCUGAUCACGAGCAUCACUCUGACCACGAGCAUCACUCUGACCACGAUCGUCACUCUCACCGUAAUCAUGCUGCAUCUGGUAAAAAUAAUCGGAAAACUCUUUGCCCAGACCAUGACUCUGAUAAUUCAAGUAAAGACUCUAGAAACAACCAGGGGAAAGGAUCUCACCGACCAGAACACACCAGUGGUAGAAGGAAUGUCAAAGAGAAUGUUAGUGCUAGUGAAGUAACCUCAACUGUGUAUAACACUAUCUCUGAAGGAACUCACUUUCUAGAAACAAUUGAGACUCCAAAACCUGGAAAACUCCUCCCCAGAGAUAUAAGCAAUUCCACUCCACCCAGUAUCACAGAAAAGAGCCGGGUAAGCCGGCUAGCUGGUAGGAAAACAAAUGAAUCUAUGAGUGAGCCCCGAAAAGGCUUUAUGUAUUCCAGAAACACCAAUGAAAAUAUUCAGGAGUGUUUCAAUGCAUCAAAGUUACUUACGUCUCACGGCAUGGGCAUCCAGGUGCCACUGAAUGCAACAGAGUUCGGCUAUCUCUGUCCCGCCAUCAUCAAUCAAAUUGAUGCCAGAUCUUGUCUGAUUCAUACAACAAGUGAAAAGAAGGCUGAAAUCCCUCCAAAGACCUAUUCUUUACAAAUAGCCUGGGUUGGUGGCUUUAUAGCCAUUUCCAUCAUUAGUUUCCUGUCUUUGCUGGGAGUUAUCUUAGUGCCUCUCAUGAACCGAGUGUUUUUCAAAUUUCUCCUAAGUUUCCUUGUGGCAUUAGCUGUUGGGACUUUGAGCGGUGAUGCUUUUUUACACCUUCUUCCACACUCUCAUGCAAGUCACCACCAUAGUCACAGCCAUGAAGAACCAUCAAUGGAAAUGAAAAGAGGACCACUUUUCAGUCACCUGUCUUCUCAAAACAUAGAAGAAAGUACCUAUUUUGAUUCCACGUGGAAGGGUCUGACCGCUCUAGGAGGCUUAUAUUUCAUGUUUCUUGUUGAACAUGUACUCACAUUGAUCAAACAAUUUAAAGAUAAGAAGAAAAAGAAUCAAAAAAAACCUGAAAAUGAUGAUGAUGUGGAGAUUAAGAAGCAGUUGUCCAAGUAUGAAUCUCAACUUUCAACAAAUGAGGAGAAAAUAGACACAGAUGAUCGACCUGAAGGGUAUUUACGAGCAGACUUACAAGAGCCCUCCCACUUUGAUUCUCAACAGCCAGCUAUCUUGGAAGAAGAAGAAGUCAUGAUAGCUCAUGCUCAUCCACAAGAAGUCUACAAUGAAUAUGUACCCAGAGGGUGCAAGAAUAAAUGCCAUUCACAUUUCCAUGAUACACUCGGCCAGUCAGAUGAUCUCAUCCACCAUCAUCAUGACUACCAUCAUAUUCUUCAUCACCACCACCACCAAAACCACCACCCUCACAGUCACAGUCAGCGCUACUCUCGGGAGGAGCUGAAAGAUGCUGGCAUUGCCACCUUGGCCUGGAUGGUGAUAAUGGGUGAUGGCUUGCAUAAUUUCAGCGAUGGCCUAGCAAUUGGUGCUGCUUUUACUGAAGGUUUAUCAAGUGGCUUAAGUACUUCUGUUGCUGUGUUUUGUCACGAGUUGCCUCAUGAAUUAGGUGACUUUGCUGUUUUACUAAAGGCUGGCAUGACUGUUAAACAGGCUGUCCUUUAUAAUGCUUUGUCAGCCAUGCUGGCAUAUCUUGGAAUGGCAACAGGCAUCUUCAUUGGUCAUUAUGCUGAAAACGUUUCUAUGUGGAUAUUUGCACUUACUGCUGGCUUAUUCAUGUAUGUUGCUCUGGUUGAUAUGGUACCUGAAAUGCUGCACAAUGAUGCCAGUGACCAUGGAUGUAGCCGCUGGGGAUAUUUCUUUUUACAGAAUGCUGGGAUACUUUUGGGUUUUGGAAUUAUGUUACUUAUUUCUGUAUUUGAACAUAAAAUUGUGUUUCGUAUAAAUUUCUAGUUAGGGUAUAAAUGCUAGAGUAGCUUAAAAAAUUGUUGUCAUAGUUUGAAUAGGUCAUAGGGAGAUGAGUUUGUAUGCUGUGAUGUGCAGCAUUUAAAGUUAGUGGAUUUUGUGAUUUUUGUAUUGAAUAUUGCCAUCUGUUAUAAAGUCAAUUAUGGUGGUAACAUAAAGGUACGUUUUAAUAUUUAAGUUAUUGUAUUUUGGAAAUAUAAGCUAUAUGUGCAAUUCACCAUUACCAGUCUAUUGUAUAAACAAGGGAUUUGGCAUGACGUGUUCUGUAUAUUUCAGGAAAAAUGUCCUUAAUACUUUUUCUAGAACUAAUUUAACACAGUAAUUCUCAUGCUAGACUUUAGGCUGCUGAAGAACUGCUGGUGUUUAGGAGUAAGAAUGUGCAUAAAGCCUAAGAUACCAAUAAAGCUUGUACUGAAUUAAAGCUAAGAAAUAAAGAAGAAAACAGAAGAAUCUGACCAUUGAGAAGGCACAGAUUUCUUAUAAAAUCACAAAGUUUGUUAUAAGUUAGAGAAGGGAAAUUUAGAUUUAAAUUUCAAAAGGCAGAAUUAGUAUAGAGUACAUUCAUAAACAUUUCUUGUCAGAGUACUAAUGUUCUUGUAAAAACACAGCACUUUUCAUAUACUAAUUUAGUUGUACAUUUAGCUUUGUAUAAUACAUAAGUCUAAAUAUAUUUAAUGAAUUCAAGCAAUAUAUCACUUGACCAAGAAAUUGGAAUUUUUAAGUAUUUGUGCAGAGAUAUACCAGAUGAGUAUGGUGAGUAAUUUUAUAUGUCACCAGAAGACUUGGUUAUUGCCAAGUUAUGAAUCACCAAAAGUUAUAUGAGUUGAUGUUCUGGUUAUCUGGUUUGCCAAAUGUCAGAGUAUUAAAACUUUGAUAUAUGUGAAGACAUUAAAACCAUACUGAGUGUAAUUUGACUUAUUAUAUUCAGAAAGUACUUUGGUAUCUUUCAGUGCUUCAGUGUUGUCAUUGUGAGCAGUUGUCAUUUUAUAUACGGUACUGUAGUCUGUGACAUUUUCUAGAUGUUUCUUUUUUACAGAAUAAAUUCCUCUUGUCAGCUCAA